UCCGGGUCCGCUUUGACUCGCAAGGGUAGAAUAUGAAUCUAUGAAGUCGUAAUUUAUGUACAUAGCCACGUUUUCCCGCCAACGUGGAAAACUGUAUUCGUAUUUUUGCUUUUACAAGCUUUGUUUUAGCUCGUUGCCGCUGAAGCCGCCGGUGGUUUAGCUCUUCGUGUUAGCCGAACAUGUCUGCGGAGGAAGCGGACAAAACGACCACCACUGAUGCCAGCGCUGGAGAUGAGGAGGAGGAAUGGCUGUAUGGAGAUGAGUCGGAGAGUAAAGAUGAAGAUGAAGAAGCCAAAUUGAACGCAGCAGUCAGUGCACCUGCUGAUGUUUCAGCAGACGAUGCUGCUGCACACGCUACAGGAAAUGGAGUUGCCUCUGAGGCCACAGGCGAAGCUGCAGGGGAGGAUGUGGACAGUGACAGCGACAGUGAUGACGACGACGAUGACGUCCGCGUCACCAUUGGUGACAUAAAAACUGGAGCCCCACAAUACACACCUUAUGGAGCUCCACCUGUCAACCUCAACAUAAAGACAACAGGCUCCAGACCCUAUGGACAAGCCUCAAAGAUGAAGGGAGUGGAUCUGGAUGCCCCUGGAAACAUUAAUGGCGUUCCAGUGCUGGAGGCGGACAUGGAGUCCUUUGAAGAGAAACCCUGGAGGAAGCCAGGAGCGGAUCUGUCAGACUACUUCAACUACGGCUUCAAUGAAGACACAUGGAAAGCUUACUGUGAGAAGCAGAAGAGGCUACGUAUGGGCCUGGAGGUCUCCACAGUCGGCUCAGUGACGAGCAAGAUCACUGUUCAGCAGGGCAGGACAGGUAAUGAAAAGGACUUGUCAAGUUUACCUGUUCACACCUCCAAGCCAGACUUCACAUCUCCUGUCAGCCUGUACAAGUCUGCUGUCAGUCAGGUCACCAGGAUCUCUCCCCCUCAGUGGACUGGCCCGCCUGCUCAAGACAUGUCCUAUUAUACGAAGACGAGUGGUACCAUAGAUGUGAUCGGUGGACAGACGGCCACAAUCAGCCGGGUUGAAGGGCGACGCAGACACAAUCUAGAUGGCAACAACAUCCAGGUAAUCUCUGAACACUCCACAUCAGAGGCCGAACCAACUCCAGCUAAAAUUCCCACCUUCUUCCCCCCUGGACCACUUCCUCCAAACAUCCCCCCACCUCCGUUUCUUCCUCCGCCACCAAACGUCAGCACUGCGCCCCCACUCAUCCCCCCACCCAGGCUGCCCAUUACUGUCCCUCCACCUGGAUUUCCUCCUCCACCUAGUGGGCCUCCUCCUGCCAUCAUCCCCACUAUGGACAGUGGCCACCCCGGAGGUUAUGAUGGACGCUCUGUGCCUCCGUACCCGUUUCCUCAAGGUGCUUACCCUCCACCCAUGGCUGGAGGUGUUCCUCCUCCAUGGCCCCCAAUCAUGGACAACUCCAAACCCUGGGACUACUAUUCCCGUCGCGACGACAAGAGAGACAAGGACAGAGACAGACCCAGAGAGCGGACACAUGAGCGGGAGAGAGAGAGGGAGCACAGCCCGUCAGCUAUGAGCUACACCAGUGAUGAGGAGCGGUAUCGAUACCGUGAGUAUCAGGAGCGAGGUUACGCAGAGCGCCAUCGUGACCGGUCGAGCCGAGAGAAAGAGGAAAGACACCGAGAGAGGCGGCACAGAGAGAAAGAGGAGGGACGCCACAAGUCUUCUCGCAGCAGCAGUAGCAGAAGGAGGCAUGACAGCGAGGAGGGCGACAGCCACCGGAGGCACAAACACAAGAAGAGCAAGAGGAGCAAGGAGGGCAAAGAGGCCAGUGAGGAGAUCAGCGCAGACCAAGAGAACCAGGAGGCCAUGGAGUAGUGGCGACUGCCUCCUGUCUCUCCAUUUGUCUCCAUACUGAGCGGAAGGGGAGAAAAUGACCAACAAAACCAGAAAGUCGCAGAGUGAUCGAUGCAGCCUGUCACUCUCCUUUCCAUCAAUCUCCAUUCUCCUCCAUCCUGCUGUCGUUUGUCCUCACCAUCACUUCAGAAUGGAUGGGGCAGAGGAGGUGGUGAUGGGACGGGCGGUCGUCCUCUUCAUCCAUCUUUCCGUCAGUAGCUGACACCAGUCAGAGCAUCAAUCAGUCUUCAACCACCUCCUUCCUUUCCCCAGCCCGUCUCUUGGAGCUCAGUUAGGUCACGCUCAGAGAUUUCACUGUAUAGUUAGGAUGAUCAGCAGAAUUUGAUCUUUUUCUGUUAUUUGUUUGUUUGUUCUUGUUCUAAUAAAGACCUCUAGAGAAAACUGUCAGUUAAGUUCAAUUAAAAAACACUUUUGAUAAAA